AUGGCCUACCCGUACUACGGAUAUCUCCCUCCCCCGCCGGUGUUUGAGACCCCCUACAGACCUCAGCCGUUCUAUGGUGGCUAUCCACCCAUCAUACCAUCCCCCACUUUCUACGGCUAUAGCAGCCCCACCUCAUUCCAGCAGGCAUGGGCUCAAGACCCCCCGGGCACUUUCCGUACGAUGGUCGAAUGGGACACCAACUCUGAAAAGAACUGGCCCAUGUGCACUCAUUUCAUAGAGCCCUAUACGAAAAAUGCCGACUUUCUCCAGAUACUUAUGAGUAUCCUCAAAGGCCGUCUGGGGUGCGAAUUUCCGCAGAAUUUCAAGGCUAUCGUCUAUCUCGAAAAAGUGCCCGCCGCCGAGCUUGCCGGGGUGCACGACGAGCUGAAGAAGAUUGUCGAUGCGGGGACCUCGCUCCGGGGGCACAACCUGUCGCUCGAGCCGGCCAAGGCGCUGUUUGAAAAGGCCAAAGACGAGAAGAAGAAGAAGGACGAGGGGGACGAGAAGAAGAAGGUGUGGAAAAAGUUUAUGGGUGGGUCGUAUGGCGGUGGGUGGCCCGGAUGGCCGGGGUAUGGGCCGUCGUACAUUCCGUAUGCCUUCUACCCGCGGCCCUGA